AUGUCCCCAGCUACGUGUGUCUUUUAUGGCUGCCGCCACCCCGUCGAAAGGGGAAUGAGCAAGUGUUCGCAUCACCGCAACCGCGCGCCGUGUUCCGCACUGCAGUGCCACAAUCAAGCGUAUGCCCGAGGUCGAUGCGUGCGCCAUGGGGCUCGAAAAAAGUGCCCAAUCCCAGGUUGUACUAGCUACCGCCGCGCCAGUGGACUUUGCCUCGGUCAUACAGCUACGCAUUCCGCACAAGCGAAAGCUCGCCACCUUAAUCUGCCUCCGUCCACUCAGCCAAACACCACGCCACCUGCUGCUACCGAAGCUGUUGACGCCGAGUGGGUGCUUGGGCUGGAGCCGAUGGACUUUAAACUGCCGCCGUCGCCAUCCUGGAACGCCCUCGAUAGCGUCGACCUGGCCAUCAUACAUAUCCUCUUGCAAGACACCGUGGCGUAG